CGGCGGCGGGAUGAAGGAGAACCGCGCCAAGCUGAACACGCUCAGGCCGACAUUAACAGGAAGCGGCUUUCAAAAUAAAAGACAGAACUGCCGUGUGGCUCGGAAACACUCGUGAUUGCAGGGACACCCAAACCUGUCUGUGUGAUGGUGAGGAGAGCGGUGGUGACUGUGCAUAUGGGUGCUAAAUGAAAGAGGAUGCAUGGAGGUCUCCGACAGCUGGCCGGCGUCUCCGUCCCCUUCGUGCACAGCCCGUCCUGUCUGCAGUCAGGGCCUUUCCACUUGAGCCAGCAGCACCAUGGGAAGUUCCACCUCCUCCCUUGUUGAAGAGGGUGAGGGUGAAGGUGCCCCCCGGGGUGCAGCUCUGCCCCCCUCCCCCAUCAUGGGGUGUCUGAGGAGCAGCCAAAGCACCUUCAUCCCUCGGCAGCUUCCCAGACCCGGCAGGCACAGAGAGCGCAGUUUCUCCUCUGGUUCGAUGCCCAUGCAGAGGAGCCAGUGGGCUUGUGGCUGCUGUACUUUCCUGAACGCAGCCGGUGCCCCCCGCUGCUCCAUCUGUGAGGCCCCCCGGCGAAGACCCGACACCCGGUGGAUGUGGCGCGGGACCAGCAGGGAGGACGGCCGUUGGUCCUGCCCACGCUGUACGCUGGCCAACUCCCCUGACAGCCUGGCCUGCUCUCUCUGCGGCUACACCAGAGCGCGGGACUCCUCUGAAGACCAGUCCCGACCUCAGCGCUCCAGCAGCUGCUCCGGUCCCCUGAGGCCGUCCUCGACUGAGCCGUGCAGGCAGCAAAGCCAGAAACAGCUGGAAGAUGCAGACAAGCUGAGCCUGGCUUGGGACUGUUUGAGGUGCACUCUGCAGAACACCCCUACCUCCAUGUCCUGCUCUGCUUGUGGGGGACCACGCAAACUGUCCCUCCCCCAAAUCCCUGCUGAGGCCUUGCUCAUGCCUGAGGUCUGCGAGCAAACAGGAGCACAGCAACCGGAACCUGCAGCGGGGGCGCUUUCACUUUCCAUAUCAACCAGAGGAGAGUGUUCCCCAGUGGAAGCUUCGUAUCCGAACACACACUCCUCAGCUCUCAGUGCGUCCUCUGCGGGUCACAAUAAUCCAGUUCCCUGUAGUCGCAGAGAAGUGCCACCUCCAGAUGUUUCCCUCGGUCAAACACAUAACGUCAGUCCUUCUCCUUCAACACUCGCUGUUUCACAUCUGCCGGCCCAACCUGAGCUGCUGCCCUGCAGGCGGCUCAGCAUCCUCAAAGAGGAAAUGUCACCUGCAUCAGACGCCUCUGGAUCGUUUCCGCCUCUGUCCGUCAACAGGACAGAAGAGUGGUCGUGUCCGGCCUGCACUCUCAUCAACAAGGUCAAAGCCAAACACUGCCUGGCCUGCCACACUCCUCAGCAGCAGGCCGCACAGCUUAAACCGGCGCUGUCCCCGAAGAGGAAGGAGAGCAUGCUGGUGGAGGCGCUGCGACAGAGCGACGAGGGCGAAGCCAAAGAGCUGUGGGAGAACAUCGUCAGCUUCUGCAGAGAGAACGCAGUGACAUUUGUGGAUGACAGUUUCCCUCCGAGUCCAAAGUCCGUGGGCUUCCCGGUGGACGACAGCGUCCAGCAUCGGGUCAAAAAGUGGCUUCGUCCCCAUGAAAUCAGCUGCAGCAACUUCAGAGACCGUGCGAUCAAGUGGUCUGUUUUCCGCACGCUUCGCCCCUCUGACAUCCUGCAGGGACUUCUGGGUAACUGCUGGUUCCUGAGUGCCUUGGCUGUUCUGGCUGAGCGUCCCGAGCUGGUGGAGAAGGUGAUGGUGACCCGCUCGCUGUGUGCGGAAGGAGCCUAUCAGGUGCGUCUCUGCAAGGACGGCUCGUGGACCACCGUGUUAGUGGACGACAUGCUGCCCUGCGACGAGAACGGCCACCUCCUCUUCUCUCAGGCCCAGAGGAAGCAGCUUUGGGUGGCUCUGAUAGAAAAAGCUCUGGCCAAGCUCCAUGGUUCCUACUUUGCUCUGCAGGCAGGCCGUGCCAUUGAGGGCCUGUCCACGCUGACCGGGGCCCCCUGCGAGUCGCUGGCCCUCCAGGUCAGUGCCACCAACCCUAAGGAAGAACACGUUGACACAGACCUCAUCUGGGCCAAAAUGCUGAGCUCCAAAGAAGCAGGUUUCCUGAUGGGGGCGUCUUGCGGAGGAGGCAACAUGAAAGUGGACGACACAGAGUACGAGUCUCUGGGUUUACGCCCGCGACACGCUUACUCUGUCCUCGAUGUCCGAGACGUAGACUCUCACAGAUUGCUGCAGCUGAGGAACCCGUGGGGUCGGUUCUCGUGGACCGGACCCUGGGCCGACGACUGGCCAAACUGGCCUCCACACCUGAAGAGGGAACUGUGCGCCCAGCGGGCCGAGGACGGCCUGUUCUGGAUGGACUUCUGGGAUUUCAUCAGGUACUUUGACUCAGUGGACAUCUGUAAGAUUCAUUCAGACUGGCAGGAGCUUCGGGUCCCGGGUGUUUUCCCCCGAGGAGCCGACGUUCCGGUGACGGUGGUGUCUGUCACGGUGCUGGAGAGAACGGCUGUAGAACUGGCUCUGUUCCAGCAGGGCAGCAGGCGCUGGGACACAGCAGAGAGCCACCUGUUGGAUCUGUGUGUGCUGGUUUUCCGGGUCGCCUACGACAGCUCCGGGACUCUGACGCUGGGUCGUCUGCUGGCUCACAGCCGACGCUCGGUGAAGAGGUUUGUGGGAUGCGACGUCAUGUUGGAGCCGGGCGAAUACGCCGUGCUCUGCUGCGCCUUUAACCACUGGCACAGCACCAUCACUGAGGAGACAACGAGCUGUGGCAGGUCAGAGGCGCCCAGUUACAUGCUGGCUGUGUACAGCUCCAGACUUGUGAUGGUGGAGCAGGUAACAGCCUCCAGCACCACCAUCGCCGACGCCAUCAUCCAACUGACAGAAACCAAAGGAGAGAGACACGAGGGUCGGGAGGGGAUGACCUGUUACUACCUGACCCACGGCUGGGCGGGGCUCAUCGUCAUGGUGGAGAACAGACAUCCCAGGCACCACCUGCACGUGUCCUGCGACUGCAGCGACAGCUUCAACGUGGUGUCGACUCGCAGCAGCCUCAAAACCAUCGACAGCAUCCCGCCUCUGCACAGACAGGUGCUGGUGGUUUUAUCCCAGCUGGAGGGCAAUGCUGGAUUCUCCAUCACACACAGACUGGCUCAUCGGAAAGCUGUCCAGGCUUCUCUGGGGAACUGGAGUCCCUCAAAGGCAACACACAGCCCUGCUCUGAGUCCAGAGACCGCAGGUCUGCACCAGCCUCGUCCCCUCUGACUGCAGAGGGGGAGCUCAACCAGGAAUCAGAUCUGUCUCAUUUGACUGUUUGACGGAAAACAGGUAUAUUUCCCAAAAAAGACAGACUCAGGUCACAUGUGUCCGGGUGCUGUUGUAGUUCUACAAACAUUUUUGAGAGUCAGAGCUGCUGUGAGACAGAAACAUACUCAUCUUAUAACUUUUCAGAAUUAAAUGUUGCUUCUUCCAUCUAAAGUCAAACCUGUGCCACAUAUCAGGCUUGAACAGUGACUGACAGCCCAGGUGCUCCCUCAGUUAAACAGCAGCUGACGUACACUGAUGCCGGGGCGUCGGGCCCCUCAGGUAGUAGCAUCGGAUCAGGCGACAGACCAGUGUAUGGAUCCCUUCACACAACAGGUCCGUUCAUUUAUUUGUGUCUUGUGAGCAGCUCUGCCUCUGAGAAAUGUCUGUUCCACAAGCAGAAGCUGCUCAUCACUUCACAGAGAUGAACAACGUUUAGAGAACACGUGAUGCACUUUACAUUUCAGAUCACAGGAUGGUCUUCAGGUCCAGACUGUCUUUACUGCACUGGUGAUAGAUGAACAGAACCUGGUGUUUAUUCUCCUCUGUGUUAUUCAAUCAUACUGCACAUUUGUAACAUGUAGGAUGUUUAAAUAAAGCAUUUUAGUUUAGAGAUACAGCAGAGACUCGCUGUGUGAUUGCAUUAGCACUUUAUGAACUUUUAACUAUGCUGGAUUCUCGUGGUGUUUUAUUUUAAAGGAGAUGUUUUAAAUAUGCACAGUGAAUACAAAUAUUUUCUGCUCAUGAAUCCAAAACCACCAUUGUGUUGUUAGAGAGGAGAUAAAAACUAUGCAAAUGUUUGAAAGCUGUUAUGAUGCUUCGUCUAUUAAAAUGUGUAUAGC